AGUAGGAAGUGCAUUUCCCAGUUUCACAAAUAUUUAGAAAAAGACGAGCAGCUGCUGUCAGCAUGAAUAAUUGUACUGAUAUGUGGCCAUCUUUGAAACAAGAAGAGGAGGCAAAGUGCUCUAAUCCUACAGGUGGUGGGGAGGUUGAGUGUUGGAACAGCCAUGACAGUGAGACCAUCGCCAAUGAGAUCGGAAGAAAGCUAUGCCAGUGGUUCUACUUUACAUUACCCAAACAACUACAUCAGAAGCAUCAACCUUUUAACGAACUGGCAUCCAGUUAUUUUACGGAGAAUGUACACCUUCAGUGCACCUAUAACAUAAAAGGACAAAAUAAAUUAGAGUGUACAGGUCUUAUGUUGACUACAUGGGUUCUGUCUGGAAUAUAUAAAGAAGAGAAUCUCCUCUUCAGCCCAAAUCUUGAUCUUGGAGGACUAAAGACAGGACACGACAGAUAUGGAGUAUUGACUGUGGAAAUCUCUGGGACUGUACACAAGGACAAUUCCUAUAUUGGUAUAUUUGAUCACACCUUCAAAGCUGUUCGUUUGCCAGGCAGAAAGAAGUUCAUAAUCAAAUCUGUUCAACUCAACAUACACACAUAGGGGUAUGACACAAUAUGCAUUAUAUUGAAAGAAUAUAUGGGGUCAUUUAUAAGGAUGGGUGUUUUACACGGUCAGUAUUUUGUAUCAGUAUUUGUAAGCCAAAAGCAGGAGUGGGCCCAAAACACAGAAGAGAUGCAAAUAAUUAUAUUACAUUGUUUUCUACUGACCGUCUGAAAGAGGCUUUAUAGAUGCUCAAAGUACAGGCUUCUUUUUUUUGUUAGUUUUCUGUUCUCCUGACAGAUCUUGGUGAACUGCACAGUGAUGUAGAGGGAAAUAAAUUACACCUGUAAUACUGAUGGCACAGUAACUACAGAACGGAUUAACUAUGAAUGUGGGUGCACACGGCAAAGUAGAUAACUUUAAGUAAAUCAGGAUCUUUAUUAGGGGUACAGAAAAGGCGACCUGUCACAAAGAACGUGAUCGAUGAACGGUGUGUUGUCUUCCUGGCGCUUGAGUUCAAGACAUCGCGGAUCGGGUUAAACAGAUUACUGGGAUGGGCUGGAGAAGAUCCAGCGGUCAUGGUCCAUAUCGGAACCAAUGACAAAGUUACAGG